UCAAAAGGCCACAGUAUUUUAAAGAGUUAUAUUACUCUAAAAAAACACGAUUCAGAGAGCCAAAAGGAAGGGAAGACAUAUUCAGAUAGUUCUCUCUGAUUCUAAAACCUUUGAUACUCCUGUUCCUCAAGAAAGUACUACAAACUAAGAUUUAGGAGAGUUGAAUAAAAAGAUAGUUAUUUCACACAAGAAGUUCAGUACAUCAAAUCUAAAUGAAUACGUGCUGUGUAGUUGGGAAACUCCUGAGAAGAGAAAUAUGCACACUCACAGUUUAAAGAAAGGGCAAAUAAAUAGAAGAUAUAGAAGAAAUUCUAAGAAGAAGAAAGAUAGAAGUAAAGAUUUAUUUGACCUUUAAAAUUACUAAAAUGAAAAAUCGAUAAAAUCAUUCAACAAAAUAAACCCUCAGGCAUUCCCUUCAAGAUUUGUACAGGCACUCAGAAGUCAGACCUCAAGCUGUGCGAUAGCCCAGAGGAAGAUUCAAGGAUAUUUACAACUUACUCGACACCAAAAGAAACAAAGAAUUUUCUAAGCAGGCAAACUAAAUUGAGGAAAAGCAUUGGAGAUAUGAAACUUCAAAGAUAUCCGUCUAAUAAAUACUCUUCAACAACUUCUCAAAAGAGAAACUUUAGGGGGAAAGAUUAUUAUUUGUCAGCAAUACGAAAGAAGUUUGGAAAGAAGACCUCCAACCAAACCGAAAGUAGCAGUCAUAGAUUCAAUUUCUCACUCCAAGCAAGUGAAGAUAUCUUCAGCAACAGAAAAUCUCUAGAGAACUUCAGUCUAAAAACAGAAGAAUUUCUCAAAAGUACACAUCAGAAAGAAAAUGAAAGAGGUAUCAUGAAGUUGAGGAAUAGCUAUUUGAAUGAACUAAAGAAAAUAGCAGAAAGAUAUCUUAUUAUAAAUAAACUGGAUUUAGAAGACCCUGAAAUACUGGAUGCCCCUUCGAUCACUCAGAGCUAUUCCACCAAGAUUAGCCAUCCCAAGAUAUAUAAACCAGGCUUAGGAUUUAAAGACUUAAAGAAGUCACAGAAGAGCUCUUUUGUUUUUCUCAGGAAUAAUUCUAAGACUCCAAAAUUAUAGAUGAAAAUACAAAUUUAUUAAAUCAUAGGCCUUACAAGAACACGCCUUUACUGAGAAAGUCUCAGGAUAAACCUGCUGGUGUGGAAUCAAGAAUAUAUGAGUGCAGGGCUUCAGUAGAUCUUCACAGUAAGAAUGUAAUAUCAGCACUUAGAAGCUUAUUAGCUUACAUCUUUAAAUAA